AGUGAAAACGGCAGGAGACGAAGAGGGGAAGGCAAAAGCAACCCACGCAUUUAUAUAUAGGUGCACCUCGGACUACUACUUAAUUAGCGGAGUAGUUGGAAUGAACUGCUAGCAGAGCGGCUUCUCUCCUCUUCUCUUCUCCUCUACACAUGAGCCUUACGGUUUCAUCCUUCUUCCUCUCCUUCUGCAUUGCAGAGCGACGUUGAGGAGCAGGUGAUGAAAUCCUGCGAGCUGCUGCCAGAUCGAGUCUGAUCGCAACCACAAUGUGGAACUGCUCUGCGCCGUCCCCGCUCUUGCUGCCCUUCAGCGACGACUACGUGAAAUGUGAAUCCUCCAGUUCGGCGCCCGGAUCCGCGGGUUUCGACGGAAUGAUCGCCGCCGACUACGGCCAUCUCUGCCACCACAUGUCGUCGCUUCAGAGCCUUCCGGCGCCGGCUCUCUUCGCCACGCGCAGUUCCGAGAGCUAUUUCGGAAUGGGAGACGGUUCUGCCUACGGCGGCGACGGCAGGCCUGCUGCGUUCAUGCACUUCGGCUACGCCCAGACCCAGCCACCCACUGCUGCCACCCAUCCUGUGAGAUGGACGGCAGCAGGCGGCGAGAGCGAGCCGGUGGUCUGUGACGGAAGCAGCUUCAGUGGCUCCAAGAGGCGCAAGACAACGACGACGGACAGCCGGCUGCAGGGUAGCAACGCAAAGCCAAGAAAUACUACAGCAGCUGCCAAGGCGCCGUGCAAGAGGAGCCAGAAGCUGGGGGACAAGAUCACCGCGCUGCAGCAGCUGGUCUCCCCCUACGGCAAGACGGACACCGCGUCGGUUCUCCACGAGGCCGCCGCCUGCAUCAGGAACCUCCACGACCAAAUCCAGAUCCUGGCCGCGCCCUACCCCGGAGAGAGCUCCUCCUCGCCGCUGCCGUCGUCGCGGGAUGCCGGAGAAGAGCCCGCGACGGGCCUGCGCCGGCGUGGCCUCUGCGUGGCCCCGCUGUCGCCGGCCGUCGUGAGCCUCGUGUCCGGCGCCGCGCGUGAGCGUGACCACGGCCGCGCUCACGCCGACGUCGGGGGUGCUUGGUUCGCUGCUCUGUAGCUCAACUGAUGAAGAAGAUUACGUUGGUUAGAGUCUAUGUGUAGAUGAACGGUACGGGAACCAGAUAAUCGUCACCGCGUCCUUCUAUGACAAAUUCACAAUGCUAGCUAGCUCACGCCGAAGUAGAAGCCUAGAAUAACUUCACUGGUGAAACGUCACUGGCAAAAAGAGAAUUGUUAAGCUCCUACGGAUAUAUAUCUAGUUUCAUGGAUAAAUACAGGCUCUAGUUUUAUUCUCAUGAUUAUAUUAUAUACGAGUACCAUGCAAA